AUGUGGAAACAGAUUUGGACCAUAAAUGGGCUGUGCUGGGCUUUUAAUAAUGAUAGGGACGCUCCGCUGGUGAUAGAGCAGCCAGGGCCAAGCCACGGCCUCAAGCUCGUGCUCAACGCUGAGAGCUACGAUCGUCCUCUGACUUGCGGAGCCGCCGGGAAUACACAAGCUGAAAAUGGGUUUAAGGUGCUAAUCUACAACCAGACCGAUCUACCAGUUUCAACCGCUACUGGAGUCAGUUGCAUAGAACAAAACUGCCAGGCACGGGCUGUCGCGUCGAAACCAAAGAAUCGCUGGCUGCGGACCUGCGCCGGCCGCAUCUACCACGAGGCUUUUGAGACUCGGUGCAACUGCACCUUCCGUCAUUUGUACACCGGAUUGGAUAUCAUUCCCGAGGGCGACAUUUGUGAUGUGGAGAUGUACUUUGGAUGCGUGCGGUAUAUUCAGGAGGGAAUUGCCGCUCUCACGGAAAAUCGGACGAAGCACGAGUGUCUGCCGACUUGCGAACAAUUGGAGUUUGUAGCGCAGCAGGACCUCAGCGAGCUGCCAAAACACGUGCUGCCCCACGACAAGGUGUAUUGGCACGAUUUGAUCCAAACCCAGCGCCAGGAAGUGAUUGGGCGCGACGAGAAUGGCGAUCGCCUGUACCGGGAGACGUUUGUGGAUUGCGAAAAAUCGGAUCAACUGACGCCGGAACAGGUAGCCGGCCUGAAGGCCCGUAUGGAAGAUAUCAUGGAAAAACGUUCCCGCUAUGAGGAUCUGGAUCGGAGAGAGUUCCAGGAGCUCAUCAAUGCGUACAUGUACACCAAAGGCGUGAUGAGAGACGAAGGUCUCCCCGUCGAUCCGCUUGAGCGAAAUUUUUCCAAAACCGUCAUUGAUGCGGCGGCGUACUGGACCGAGAAGUUUGCGCCGUGCAGAGAUUGGCUACAAGCAGGCUUGAUCGACGAAUUCUCCAACGGCACAAAACUGGCACAGUUACUGAACACGAAUGUUGGUGAUGUCGUCAAGUGGAAGCGGUUGGAGCGGCUCGAUACCUUUAACAACGCGUUGAGAGAUUAUCAAGCGUUUGGUCAGACGAAGUACCUCUUUGCUGAUGCGUUUUUGUUCUUGAAUAUCGACUACAUCUUUCAGCAUGAUUUUCCAAAGAUGUGGCAUCAACCAAUCGAUGAUCUC